AUGGAGCCGUCGGAGCGCGAGAGAAGCUCUCUCCUCCCGCCGAUUAAUGGGAGGGCGGCGGCGGCGGCGGCGGCGGCUCCUGCCUUGGUCCCCGUUGUCCCUCCCCGCUGGAGACCCAGGUCAGCUCGAAUGGCACCGCCUGCUGUAGGUAGCAUAAAAUGGGAUCCUUAUGAAUCGACCAUGAAACACGAUUUUGUCUUUAAAACUGCAACAGACCCUGAUGCAGAUUGCGCCAGAGCAGGGAGAGGACAUGUCAUUCCCUUUCACGUAGCUGAACCGACUGGAAGGAAUAUCUACAGAGAUGAGUUCUGUUGGAAGCCUUAUUCCAAGGCACAGCCUAUAAGGAGUGGGUCCGCGUCAGGAAUAAGGAGAAAUAAUCCUCAGCCUGGAGAUCGUUUCCUGAUUUGGCAAAUGCCUCGAGAAGAAACAUUGUUACCUACGGACAGCGUUUCACCUUGGGCAAAACCUGUUACUAAACAGGAGGUUGAGGAAGUACUAAAACAGCAGUACAAAACAGCAUAUGCAAGAGAUUAUUUAGGGAUACAACCAAGUGCUGCAAAAGUUAGUGCACCUGCACCUCCAGAUUGGAAGAAAUUAGUCCCAAGACCUCCAGAUACUGAAUCCAGGCAUCAUUAUGGGCCCCAAGCCCAUGCUUCUGACUUAAUGGACUUUACUUGGAAAUAUGGAUGUAAUGCAAAGCGCCACAUUCCAGUGAAAGGCGCUGUUCCUUCGGUGUCAUUUGCUCAAAUCUGGAAUCAUGAACACACUAAACAGCUGUCCACGUACCAAAGAGAUUUUGGGACAGAUUAUCUUGAUGUGGUAUCAGUUUUGAAUUCUCUAGACCCAGAAGAAGUUAAAGCAUAUGUGGAUAGAGCCCCUAAUCCAGAAAAAUCAAUCCUUCAGAACUUCCUUGACAAGGUCAGUAGGCAAAUGCCAUCCCAGCGGCCGUCUUCUACAAAGAAGCCAGGAGAAAAUCAAGUCAAAUGCAGCUUAUAGCUUUCUGGAGAAAAUUCAGCAAUACUCAGGGUGGCUGAAUCACAAUCGAAUACCCUUACAGUCCCUCUUAAAAGCAAAACCACUUGAAGAGCUACAGCCAGUUUUCUUUUACUCCAGGGUUUCUUUUGCAAUUAUAAAAGACUAUAGUAGUACUACCACCUCACUGACCUUGGAAAAAUAGUAUAGAUUCAGGAACUUUCAUUUCUAUCACAGAAGAUACUGCAUGUUUAUAUAUUUCAAAUGAAAUCUCUCUUGACCUGGUUCCUGUUGCAUUGAAGAUUUGAUUUCUCCACCCUGUUAUUUUCUCCUUGUUACAAUGCAAUUUUGAGAAACCGAUUUAAAU